AUGCAAUCCUUGGAGCAGAUCUCGGAGAAGGAGCCGGUUCCCGAGUCCAAGGACGUCGUACUGGACGAGGCACCAGUGCCCGUCGGAGCACACCUUCGGCUGUGGCGACAUCUGAAACACUCAUGGAACCUCUUACAGACGCAUGUGGGCUUGAUUUCCCGAAAGAGCGCGCCGGAUCCUGCCAUUUUGAUUCUGGGCCUGCUGACUACGAUCAUCGCGCUGACGUUGGCGAUGGCUUUUUGCAGCGCCGCGCCAGUCCCACGUCCAAAGGUGGAGGAAACGAAGCGACCAGUGACGCGCUGCCCCGCGCCGACAGCCGAACAGCUGGCCUCGGUGGGGGGCCGGGCAGCGCCGGCGCGUACAGGACCCGACCCAGGUGUCCGAAUCGAAGGGCCGUAUCCUCCUCCUGGGGCGGCACAGCCAUACAGUUCUGUUUCAGUACGUGCGGCCUCGGCCACAUCCUUGCCACCGCCGAAACGGCCAAGCCACGUCGGAGGUGAGGCUGGAGCCAUGUUUAGCUGGUCGCCGCGAUCCUCCGACGAGGAGGACACUCUGUGUCCAUGCCUUGUCGUCCCCGACGGGAUGGAGUUCGUCUUUGCAGUGCGAGAGGUCCUCACGGACGAAAGGCAGGAGCUUUCCUUCAGCGUGGUGGACUUGGAGGGAUCUCCGCUCAGCCACAUCAUCGUGAACGAGUCUGGUUCCGGGCCGCAGUGCGGCAUUUUUCUCCAGAUGUUGGACAGGGAGCCGCUGGCUUCGGUUCGUACAGACAUGCUCUUCGAGAGGGCUCGUCGACUUCCUGAGAUCUUGCUGCCUUCUGGAGAGGUGUUUUGUACCAUGGAAAGGGAUGGAAGCCGAGAGUAUGUGCUUCGUGAUCAGCGCAAGCAGCGGCUGCUCCGGCUGCAAGGCAACUUCCGGGAUAAAGCCGUCAAGGUGAUCAAUGCGUGA